UUUUUUUGGUCACACCUUUUAAAUUAAAAUUAUUUGAGUUUUUUUUUUUUUUUUAGUAUUCUCAGCUUAUGGUAAUAAAAUGGCAGCAGUAGAACAACAGCAACAACUAACAGCGUCUCCUUUUACUCCACCCUCUUCGCCCUUAUCACCACCGCCUUCUUCACCUGCAACAGUUAGGUCUCCUUCGCCUUCUGUAUUUGAUGUAUUUCCUUUUGUUUGUGAGGAUCCUCCAAUCAGAGCUUUAAGUGGAUCGCAAUAUUAUCUUAUUCAUGAAGCUUAUCAUAGCUCGCCACUCCCAAAUGAUAUUUUAUUUCCGUGGUUACAUGGUGUAGACGGAUCGAACUCUGCUCAAAAUAGUUUUUUCGGAAUCCAAGAGAGUCCUGUUCCUUUGCAUCGUGGCGUGACUGUAGUCCAAGCUGAAGAACAGACAUCAAAAUCUUUAUUAGUUGGCUCUGUUUAUCCAUCCGAUAUUUUCAAUCCUCCUAUUCCAAACGGUGAUGAUCGUCAACGCAGAAGUUUUUUAAAAAUGAACGAUGGCGAAGGAAUUAAUUUACGGAAUUUUAAAAUCCAAGUGUCUAAAUACGUUACGCUGUCAGAUAUUGUUGUUUAUGGUGAAAAUGGUUUGAAUGAUACCGUACUGGAAAUUGCUAAACAAGCUGCAUGGGCCCAACAAGCAUUACGCGAAGAAAAUCCAAAUGGAAUAGAUUAUGAAGUUUUUGUCAUAUUGGAUCCAUUUUCUUUUUUCGAAAAAGAAUUUCCAGAACUUGUUGCAAUAGAUACACAAGGUAUCGUACGUAAUAAAGUUAAUUUUCUGGAGCAAGAAAGAGAAGAAAUGCGAAUAUUAACUGCUGCAUCAGAAAUUUCACAUAAUGUUUGGCUAGGGAAUACUCAAGAUGUUCCAGUAUCAAGUGAUAUGGACCCAGCAGAUUCUGCAAUAUCGUUGAUAGAUGAUAAUCCGCAUCAAUUUAGUAUUUGUAUAGAAUCACAUGAUCUCGCAGAUAUGUUAGAUAAAUCAGCAUUAAAAGUUUUUUCGGAUCAACUUGCAAAUGUACCGACUUGUAGACCAACACCGAUGGAUGAUAUUAUUCAUAUUGAUUGUAUAUCAUCAGGAGUAGGAUGCAAUAAUACAGCAGCAUUUGAUUCGAUAGUAACAAAAUUAAUAGAUUUGUGUGAAUUUAUUUCACUACAAACAAACAAAUUUGAUCGUAAAGUAUUAAUUCAUUGUGCUGACGGAUAUACGGAAACUUCUUUAUUCACUUUAACUUAUUUAAUGUAUAAUGAGAAUCUUAGAUUACCACAAGCAUAUCUUAGAUUUCAGAAGACAAGAAGUUUUUUUGUAUACCCAAAUGAUGUAACAACGUUAUUAACAAUUGAGAAGCGUAUAUGGGAAAGAAAAAAAAUAGAGCAACAAAAGUUAUCAUCACCGUCAUCACCGUCAUCACCGUCAUCACCAUCUACUUCGUCUUCUUCAUCAUCUUCACCGUCAUCAUCUUCGCAAUCUUCAACAUCACCACCCACAUCAUUAUCAUCAUCGCAACCGGAAAUAGAAAAUUAUGAAAAGUUUCCAUGGUUUUUUUCUCCAUUUUUUGAAGGAAGUUUUCCAAGUAGAAUUUUGCCAUUUUUAUAUCUUGGUAACUUGAAUCAUGCAUGUAAUGCUGGUAUGUUAAAAGCCCUUGGAAUUACCCAUGUUUUAUCUGUUGGUGAAGAUUCUAAAUUAGAUAAGAAAGAAUUUGAAGUACAUUAUUUGGAUAAUUUGUAUGAUGAUGGUAUUGAUAGUUUAUGGAAUCAUUUAGAUGCUUGUGUUAAUUUUAUCGAAAAUGCUCGACGAUCAAAUGGGAGUAUAUUGAUUCAUUGUCGAGUAGGAGUUUCUAGAUCCGCUACUAUAACAAUUGCGUACAUUAUGAGACAUCUUGGUAGAUCAUUGGUAUCAUCAUAUUUAUAUGUUAGAGCUAGAAGACUUAAUGUUAUCAUUCAACCUAACCUUAAAUUUAUGUAUGAAUUGCUACAAUAUGAACAAAAAUUAACUGGAAGAAUGAAUAUUAAUUGGGCUUGGUUAGCUAAAGAAAUUCAUACUUUAAAUAUGUGUUAUGUUGGUGCUUAACAAUAAUUUAUUUGUCCAAAGAAAAAAAAAAAAAAAAUAAUUAUAAACAAUAAAAAAAUAAAUUAUUAGGGGAAGUGAAAUUAAAGAAAAUUUAGGAAACGAUUAUUUGGGUUUAGAACUUUAGUAUUGAAGAAUAAGAGAAUUUUAUUGAACGAUUAUAUAUAUAUAUUAUAAACAAUAUAUAUUUUUCAAAAAGAAUAGACUUUUUUUUUUUAAAAAAAAAAAAGAAAAACUUUCACAAGUUGACUUUAAAUAUAAUUUAUCAAAAAUAUAUAAUCAAAAAACAUUUAUUUUUUUUUAUAUGUACUUUUUUUGCGUUUGAUA